UUUCACCAACUAUGGUAUUUUAUUGAGUGACGUGAUGAUACGUGCAGAGCUGUAAAUUUUUCCGUAAUGGCCCAGAUUAUCUAUAUGGUGACAACGGUCGUCGUAUCAACCCUUAGCACUCUUGCAACAUUUUGGACGAUGUACAAUUUCGCAAUGUUUUGUUGGAAUCCGUGGCGAUCAUCUCAGGUUACAGAUGAAAUUUUUUGGUCUCUGUUUGUCGACCUACUCCUUCUGGCCAUGUUUGUUCUCCAACAUUCGGUGAUGAAGGCACCUUUCCUGAGGAGCUUGCUGGAGAAGCUGAGGCUGCAUGUUCUGGAGCGUCCCCUGUACGUGCUUUCAUCAUCCCUCACGUUGCUGUUGCUGAUGGGCUGGUGGCACCACACCCCUCACUACGUCGCGUGGCAAGUGGACGAGGGACGAUGGCUGGGGAGCGCGCGGGCGGCAUUCCAUGUGUACGCUUGGGUCGUCAUCUACUUCGGUUGCUUCAUCUUCGACAUUGCUGACCUCCUCGGCGUCAAGCAGGUGUACUACGACCUGUGCGGGAUGAACGAGCCAGCGCACUACCGCAGCAAGGGCCUUUGUCGGUUCCUGUGCCACUACCGCCACCCCAGCUUCUCCGCCUUCUGCCUUGUGUUCUGGCUGCAGUCGCUCAUGAGUCUGGACCGACUGCUCCUGGCCGUCUACAUGACUGGCUACAUGGCGUUCAGGUGGAACUUGGAUCAGGAGGACUACAACUACCACAAGAGCAUGCUGAACAAGAAAGAACAGGAAAUAUCCUAAUACAUGUCCCACCGAUGAAAGCACACAAAUUUCUCACACUGGAUGGUGUGUAUGUUUCCAUUUUUAUGGUUAUUCACUCUUCAGGACAGUUUUUAAAACAACUAAGAGACGAAAUUCAUCAAAAAUCUUUUGGUGUGGGUUGAGUUUGUGAGCUCUCAAAAGCCAUUUAGGCUAUGUUCAAAUUGGCAGUUUUCAUAGGCAAAAUGGUCAUGUGACCCAAUUUUGUAUACAAAAAUGAUGACAUAUAUGUUUUUAGUAUUACGAAUUAACCAUAUUGGAUUUAACCUUGAUAAUCUUAUGAUUGUGUAUUUUAACUAUUUUAGUGUAGUUGAGUUUGCAACAUUCAAGUGAUUAAUUUACCAUCGUAGUGCAAGAUUUAAACAUAAAUUUUUUUUUUUAACUAUUUUUGAAACUGUUAAUAUUAACUGUUAUUAUUUAUUGGUGCUGUGGGUGUGAAACAAGUGAAUACUGUGUGUCUAAAUCAAAACCUGCCAAAUGAUAAAUCCAAAAUUACGAAAUGACCAAUUCGAACACUGCCUGAGAUUGCAAUAAUAUACAUAAAUACAUAUUGAAGUUUUAAAAUAUUUUUCUGGUACAUAGAAAAUCAACGUGAAUUGUAAGAAAUUGUUUUUUUCAAUAACAAUUUACCAAUGAAUGUAUUUAUUUUUUUGUGGGUAACGAAACUUCUCAUUAAAAUUUCAGUGUUUUUAUGAUACGUAUGUGUUAAAAUUUUAAACUCCAUUUAAUAACUAUUCAACCAAAGUAAAUAAUAGGUAUGUAGUUUUUUGUACAGAAUGAUGAUCAGUGCCGAAAAUUGAAGCACUGAUUUUGGUAUUUAUUAAUUUAAUUUAAAAAAAUAUAUAUUUUUUUAUUGUUUAUGUAAGUAUUGUAGGUUUUUGUUUUAGAAUUUUUUUAUUUUAUUUAUAAAGCUAGAACACUGUUUAAGUUUAUAUAACUCAUUGCCUUAGUCUGAACUUGUGUGCUAACUAUUAAGUCAAAUGCUAUCGGUCCUCGAUUUUGCACAGAAUCAUUUCAGAUGUAAAAAGGGAUCGUAAAAUUUUGUAAUAACAGUAUUUUGUUACAUUUUUGUAUGGGUGUUUUGCUUUUGUAAAUAUGAAGAAAAAAAAUUUUGUACCUAACUUAAUAAAGAUAAUUUCAUUAUACCUACGACAAUGCUAUUUUGUGUUGUAAGCUCUCCUCUACAAAUUUUAAGAAUGUAAUUAUAUUAUGUGUAUAUAUAAUGAUAAACUAUGUUGUACAAAAAAAAAUUGUGAUGAGUUUAGGUUGUUAUAUUUGUUCACAGAUGCUGUAAAAAAAAUUUCAUAAAAAUCGGAGAGGGUGGGGUGCAAAAUUUUGUUUUCUCUGAAUGAUUUGAUUUGGAAUGACCCUUGUGUCAUUCGAAAUGCUGUGUGUAUCAUAUGCAAGUGGUUAGGAAAUCCUAUAUCUACUGAGAUUGUAUGAAGUGAAUCUACAUUUUAAAAGCAUGUUGAUAAAAUACUGAGGUGUAUGUCCAGUUUAUAAUUUCUACUUAGAAUUCUCUCAAUGCAGAGCCAAUUAGGUUGUUUCUUAUUUUUUAUUUAUUUCUGUACCUUUGGCAGACAUCAUUUUUAAUGUUUAUUUUGUUCAGUGCCCAGCAACUUAUAGUAAUUAUGUGGAUGGUCAUAACAGCAUAACAGUGGAAUUACAUUUAUGAUGGGUGGAUUUUGAUCUUAAAAUGUAUUUUCACAUACACAAACAAUCUUAAAAUAAAUGUUCAAAAAAAUUAUUUAUAAAACUUUAACUUAAUUUCAACAUAGAUCAGUAAUGUCAUAACAUUAAUAUUCCUGUAGACUUACUAAAAUAAAGCUCAUUAAUAGAACAAAAGUUAAUUUAUUAAGUAGCUAUAGUGAAUCCUCAUGUUAUGUACUCUCUCCUGCUAUGUUAUAUUAGUACUGUACUCAUAAGAAUUUGGGAUCUCUUGUGAAUAGGCGUGGAACUUUUUUAUUUUUUUCCCCCAAACAAAAUAUGAAAUAAUGAAUGGUGUUUUUUAGAAGUUAGAGCUUGAUAAACCACAAGCAAGCUAUAUGACAAUUAAAUUUUGGAAUGUUUAAAUUAAUUCACUUUUGACCUUAUUUUACUGUUUAAUCUGAAAGAAAUUCUAUAGAGAUCACAGAACAAAAUAUUGGAAUUGCUUCUUUAGUUCUACAACCAUGGAGCCUUUACAUUUAACUUUGUUCAGAAUCCUAAGAUUCUCAUUACUUAGCCAUCCACAACAUAUUGUAUAUACAUUCAUAAACAUAUUAUAUAAACACUUUUUUUAUGGAACCUUCAAAAAAUUAUUGUCAUUUACACUGCAGCUAACUAAAUACUGUAUUUUUCAAAUAAAAUUAAACUUUUAUGUGUAAAUAGUUAUAUCGAAAUAUGUUUUUUUUUCAAUAGGAAUUGAAAACGGUAAAAUGUUUCGUAAUUCUUUUAUUACUUACUAAUUAUUAGUAAAAAAAAUAGUUCAAUUAAAACAUUAUAAGACAAUGCUGAGUUUUUGACUUGGGGUAUUAUUGUAAAUGCUGCUUGUUUUGACCCGCAUAUUAUUCCAGCAGCCGUGGGUGUAUAAGCGAGUCCCAGAUGACAGGACCCUCAGUCCAUCUCUGAACAUGGUGUAGUGCAGAUCGGCUCUCUUCAGUACGUUUCCUGAUAUUUAGUUGGUUUAACAAUGACGACCUUGAUGGACAGUCUACCAUCAGCAGCGCAGACCUCGAUGGCAGCGACGUCAACUGCAGAGAUCUUGGUGGAAGAUCCAGCAUUGACGUAGGGGACACAGAUAGCUGCAACGAUGACGGCAGCGGAGACCUCCAUGGCAGCAACACCGAUGGCUAUGCAGAUUCCUUUGGCAUCUGUUAUACCAACUGCAGAGGAGAAAUCAUCAGGUGUUGUUCCAUUAGUUGAAGUUUCGCAAGUAACCUCGGAGGCUUCAAUGUACGACGGACUUUCAUCGUGUUAGUGAAAAUACUGUGGUACGUCAUACACUAACACUUCAAAUGCUCAUAGACAUGAAAGAGGCGGAUGUCGGAAUAAUGUACAAAGAAUACUGUUUCAGUGCAUCAAAUGUAGUAAACUAAUUUCAUGUCUAGAUAGUCUAAAUCUACAUUUUAACAUCUGCACUGGGUCAGAAGUGCAAGCAAGAACCUGUUUGCAAAUAUUAAACUGGCUGUUGUUUGGACUCACGUCUCAUGUCGAUCACUAUGAGUAUUUAAGUGCGACUCUCAGUCCACCUCUGGCUCUGGUGCAGUGCGGACAGUCUUGUUUGACUAGUCUGGCGCAUAAGUCUCGUAAUCACACUUUCUUGAGAACUCGAUGGCAACGUUGCUGACAGCUCCAGAGAUCCCGAUGGCAACGACGGUGGUGACGACACAGAUCCUGUUGGCAACUGCGUCAACAGUUGCACUUAUUGUUCCGGCAGAGCAGGAGAGUUUAAAGCAUGCAGUGUCUUCAGGAGCAUGACAAUGGCUGUCAACAGUGCCAGUGACAUCGAUAUACGACUCAGCAGCUAACGGUGUUCUAUCAUCCAUCUGUACGUACUGUGACAGCUUACAAAAACUUUAAAAUUCAUGAUUACAUAUUACACUAUUAAAUAUCAGUAAAACAGGUGUUGUACCCAGUUUACACGCUAUGGAAUAUUAAAAAAACACAUCAGGAAUUGUGAUGGGCUGGUUGCGCAUUCAUAGGUACCACAAUGUAUCUUCUGUGGCAAGACGUUUGUGGACAUUUUCAGUGUGAGGCAUAAUGAAAUACACUGUCUUUUUAAAGCAACCGAGAACUUGUGUUGUGUGCUGUAUGUGGUAAUCAACUGUCAUGUGGAGAUGUCCUGGAAUUACAUGACAAGGUAUGCAAAGGACUUGCUCCACACUCUAAGAAGACUGUAGAAAUCAAGAAAAGC